UAUUGAGCUUGGUCACCAGCACAACAGUAUUUUUCGAUAUUUACCGCCUAGUAAAAUCGCCAUCAAGAGUGUAUCAGUCACUCGUGGAGUGAAAAAGAUGAUCUUCAAUCAAGUGACAGUGUUUUAUUGCGGCUUGAAGCUAUGACAGAAAAGAUCGUGGCUUUAAAAAUGUGAGAAAAGACCCUUGUUAAGGCUCGAAUACUGUUAACAAAGUGAAAAAACGGUGGUUAUUGGUUCACUUGGUCGAAUGUAUAGAAUAAACACAUUACCGCGGGAAACCUCACUCUCCGUGCACCACCUUCUAAUGAACCCCACAACGGCGAAAUUUUACAACACAAUGAACCAGCGAAUAAUUCAGCUUGAAAGGAAAGCAAAAUAUCCCUUUUAUAAUUACAAGGUACCUUCCCACUACAUUGAGGAUAUCAAAUCGACAAGCUUUUAAAAAAGUGGAAAUUUAGCCCCCCCAAAAAAAAAACUGUGAAAGAAAGCUCCUUGUUACGCCAAGUAACCGUGGUUGACAACGAAAAAGUCGUCCAAAUCUUUUAUGACGUUUUAAAAUAUCUUUUUGUUUGUUACUUUCCCGUCAAACUACCUGUCAACAAGAGAAAACUUUUCAGCCCAAUACUGCCAUCAAAAUAGAUAAUACAUCAUUUCCUGUCAACCGUGGGGGAUAAAGAGAGAUUUUCGAUUGCAAAACCCGCAAGUACAGACUUCAAGCACUUAACGGUUUACAAGUGCCCGUGGAACCGCCAACAGCUGCAGUGCGAGCCAUGAAUCACACAAACACAACCAACCCAGGCGCAAAACUAAACGAUUCAGUAACUAGCGGCAUCUACGAUCCUCUAAAUAUUCUUUCAUUCAGCUGCUUGCUUCUGAUUAUGACAAUGACCUUGUUUGGAAAUGCACUUGUUAUUCUCGCCUUCAAGAGGAACAUGAAGAUUCGCACAGUAACAAACUACUUCGUCGUAUCUUUAGCCGUAGCAGAUAUCUUGGUGGCCUUGGUAUCCAUGCCGAUAUGGGCUGCUUAUCUGAUGUCCGGGGUAUUACUCAAAGAGGUAUUCCUAAAAGUAUGGACAUUUAUGGAUAUUCUCUGCGGAGUGGCUUCCAUUAUAAACUUGACCGCAAUUAGCAUCGAAAGGUACUUCUGUAUCACUUAUCCUCUCAACUAUCACACCACGAUGACGUCAACGAAGGCUAUAACUACCAUCAUCAUCAUUUGGAUAUUUUCUAUCAUUAUGUCCUCGCUUAAGAUUAUCCUGUGGGAAUGGCCUCCACCAAAAUACGAACUAAUGAUAGUUAUCAGUUGCUUUUUUGUGCCGCUUCUAAUCAUGUGUAUUUCUUACAGAUUUAUUUUCAAAACUGCGCGCUUUCAAGCGCGCCAAAUAGCGCUCAUGAUAAAAGGCAACGUCAAAAACUUUCUCCUGGCGUCGGAGAUGCGCGCCGCAAAAACGUUAGCCGUCGUAAUGGGCGCUUUUGUGAUCAGUUGGGGACCCUUCUUCAUCAUAAACAUAGUGUAUGGUUUUUGUGAUGGAUGUGUAACAGAGCAAUCCGUUGUUGUGGCCAAAUGGAUGCACUACUCAAACUCGGUGUUCAACCCCAUUGUGUACGCGUGUAUGAACAAGGAAUUCAGAAAGGCAUUCUGCAUCAUACUGUUUGGACGAAAACGAUGUUGCAGACCAAGAGGCAGAAAUGAAACCACGGAUCAAACAGAACUUACCCUAGGAACUAACACUUAAUUUUAAUCUCCUGAAUCCGCAAGCUACAUAGCUUGCGAAAUAUUGUCAGAAAGACGUAAGACCCGCGCCACAUAUAAAAGAUUCGAUUAUCUUUGGCGCAAGUAAACAUGUUGAAGAAGGUUCGGAAAUGAACUAAAUUUAUUGGCCAGACGAAGGGACCGGUCAUUAUUUAUGUAGAGGGGGGAGGAAAAAAAGAAGGAAGGGAGGGGGGGUCAAGGCUAUUUCAGAUUGACUUGAGUGGGGGGAAGCUUAAAUUUUUAUCAAGAAGUUUAGGUGGCCUCAGCAGUUUGAGGUAUAUUUUAAGAGUUUUCCAUUGCCCAAGUUGGGUUUUUAUGCAAAAUAAUCAUCUUAUAGUUGUGUGUGGCAUGAAUUUUAACAGUUACUAGGCAUAGAAGAAGAGACAUGAGGUGACAGGGGGGUCAUCUCGUCAAUAUUGAAUUAAGAAGGGGGAGUUACUUGCUAUUUAUAUGGCCUGGAAGGGGGGAGCUUGUAAAUUUUGGUCUUUGUAACAUAUUUUUCCUCUCCUCCCCCCCCCCUCCCCCCGACAUCAUUAAUGACCGGUCCUUAAUGAAAAACUCAAACAUUUCAUGUGUUCGUAACAAGGUUACAACAUGGGACAAUUAGCUCACACUGAGAUUGAACGGUCUCUUUUGCAAGUGUGAGCUAUUGCCUUUCUCAGUUCAACUAAGCCAUCAAUCGUUGAUCAGGCUAAUUCAAUUGCUUGUGUAUUGAAUAUAUACAUAAGAUAUCUCCAUUUGUAAACUUCAUAUAUUCUCUAACUGAUCUGCCUUUUUUGCCACAGUCGCUACUGAGCUAAUACAUAACUAUAGUGGCACAACGGCGUCCUGGCAGUCAGUGUAAACUUCUAAACAUCGACAUACU